CGUUGUCUGCGUCUGUCUGCUGUUGCUGCCUGUCGCACACACACACACACACGUACAUAAAUACAUAUAUACAGACAGACACACACACACACACAGUUACAUAGAAAGCGUGAAAAGUGAAGUUCGCGCUCUGUGCUUUUUGUGCAGUGUACAAUUUUGUGGUGUGUGCAGUGUGUGUUUUCUUUUUGCCACUGUGCAUUGUGCAUUGUGCAUUUUGCCGGCCGACGGCAAAGCAACAACUUUAUAUCUAUCCAAAUAUUUUUUUUGAGCACGUUAAAACUAAAAGCGGCACUGUGUGCAAAUUCGUGUGUGUCACCCCGCCCCCGAAACAAACAACGCCCCCCCACCACCAACACUAUCAACACCACCCAACCAACCAACCCCCCCACCAGUCGAGUGUUGUUCAAAAGUGCGCGAGUGUAUAAAGUGAUCCUCGAUAAACAAACAUCUACAUAACUUAUAACUUAUAUAAAUCGUAUAUGAUUGAGAACUCUAAGGCGUUCCAUGGCCUGAGCAGCAACAACAGCAGCACAGUGGGCCAUAAUGGUACUGGAGCAACAACAGCAACAACAACAACAAACUACCACAACACUGACAACAACAAGCACAACAUCAACAACCGCAGCAACACUCACACUUGGCGAGAGCAAGAAGCUCAUCAAUCUCAACAACAACAACAACAACAGCAUCAACAACAUCAACAACUUCAGCUUCAAGCAGGAGACUCCAGAGAUUCAAGAGACGGCGACGGACAUCAAGCGUCAAAGGACAACUCACAGCUCCAGUUCGAGUCACAGUCAGAGUCAGAGUCAGAGUCAGAAUCACAGUCACGCUCACAAUCAUAAUCACGCUCACAGUCACGCUCUCAAUCACAAUCACGCUCAUCUGCAUAGCCAUUUGGCAGCUACGCCGCCUCAACUGCAGCAGCAACAACAACGUUUGAGUGCAGCCGCCGCCGCCGCCGCAGCAGCAGCAGCCGCGGCAGCCACAGCCACAGCGACCGCUAGCAAUAGCAACAGCAACAGCAAUAGCAACAGCAACUGCAGCAGCGGCAACAACAUGCCGUCGGAGGGAUUGCAUCCGACGGCUGCACUUCAGCUGUAUGCGGCAGCCGCCCAAUUGGCGCCCGGCGGCGUUCGUGUCCCGCCUUGGGGACCCUUUUUGCAGUUCGGCGUGCCCGGCGUCUUUGGCCCCAAUGGCCCCUUCCUCGGCAGACCGCGCUUCGAGGCGACGGCCGGCGGACAUCCCACCACAGCGGCAGCGGCUGCGGCCGCCACUCAAAUGGCGGCGGUCAAUGCCAGCAAUGCCUUCGCCAAUCUCACCGGCCUCAGCGCUGCGGCGCUGCGCAAUGUGAGUGCCGCCCAGACGACGGCCGUCGCUGCCGUUGCCAGCACCGUGGCAACCAUACAGCAUCGCCUCAUGAUUGGCAACCGACAGAGUUUGCCGCCGGCGGGACCACCGAGCGAGGGAUCCAACGAGGAUGGCGGGUUUCCCGGCGAUGGUGACGACGACAGCAGCGCGGCAAAGCGACGUCGCUCGCGCACCAACUUCAACUCAUGGCAGCUGGAGGAGCUGGAGCGCGCCUUCUCCGCCAGCCAUUAUCCGGAUAUCUUCAUGCGCGAGGCGCUUGCCAUGCGUCUCGAUCUCAAGGAAUCGCGAGUUGCGGUAUGGUUCCAGAAUCGACGUGCCAAGGUGCGGAAGCGUGAGCACACCAAAAAGGGUCCCGGUCGGCCAGCUCACAAUGCCCAGCCGCAGACGUGCAGCGGCGAACCGAUUCCUCCCAACGAGCUCAAAGCCAAGGAACGGGCGCGACGACGCAAGAAGCUGGCCAAGGCGAUCGAUCGGCAGGCGCGCAAGCUGCAGGCCAAGGGCAUCACCGUUGACCUGGAGGCCCUCAAGGCCGAGUACAUAUCACAGCACAAGGCGAACGGGACGUUCUCCGACUCCGACCUGGAGGACGAUGGCAUACAGAUCGAUGUCGUCGGCGGCACCGACAGCGACGACGAGCUCGACAGCGAUGCCGUGAGUCCCGCUCGCCUCGGCGCCGGUGGCGGCGGCGGAGGUGGUCAUCAUGGCCUCCAGCACUGCGGCGGACUCGAUGGCGAUGGCGACAGCUCUAGAGCCGGCAGCUACAUUGGCGGCGGCGGCAGUCUGGGCAGCCCCAGCUCGACGGUGCCACCCUCGACGCUCCACACCAGCGCCAGCAAUGGGGCUGGCGGAGUGGGUGGGGGCAACGGCGGUUCCGGGGGUUAUAUGCACGGCGGCGAGCCAAGCGAUUGCGGUGAGGCGGAUGAUGUGCGAGAGGCGGCGGCGGCGGCGGUUGGAAUGCGCGGCGAGUCGGGAUCACCCAAGGCGCUGCUCUUUCCGGCCAAGGCGUUCCAUCAACUCAACCUGCAGAACACACAGCAUCACAGCGCGGUGGCAGCGACGGCAACGGCUGCCGCUGUGGCAGCUGCUGCGAACCUUGUGCAUCAGACCUCGCCGAUCAGCAUGCGACGCAGCAAUCCGUUCAGCAUCGAGUCGCUGCUGUUCAACAAUACGUGAGGCAUCCCCCAUCACCAGUUGAUCAGCUCAGCUUAAUUCCUUAGAUCCGGAUCUGGAUCCGGAUCCGGAUUGCGCGGUUUGUCUCUUAUUUCCUUGUCAUUUGAAUUAUGAGUUCCUAAAUGUUUUUUGCUCAUUUCGUGUUUAUUUUAUUCGGGUUCCUUUUUCUUAAACUGUACUUAUCUCAAAAUAUAAUCAAUCUAUUGUAAGCAUUUGUUUUCCCUUUUCCCAUUUUUGUAUUUUCUUUAUCCUUAUCGGCUCCGAGCUUAAUUAUAGCUAAGUGAUUUUAUUUAUUCCAGUGUAUUUUUUUUUUUGUAAUUUUUAUUGUUCCAAGAGAGACUAAAAUUAGCCCGUAGUUUUGCAUUUUUUUUCUAUUUUUAAGCACCUAUUAUAUGGAUUUUUUUUUGGUUUUUUUUUUAGAAGUAUAAUUUUUAAACGCAAAGCAAUGCUUAUAAGAAAUGGUAAAACUUACGAUAAAUAUAAUAAUAAAUAUAAAAAAUACGAUAUAAGUUUUUUUUUGUGCCGUAUGACUGAGUGUGCGAGUGUGUGUGUGUGUUUGUGAGUGAGUGUAAAAAUGUAAUUUAAACUAGCAAAAAAAGAGCAAAAAAGUAAAAACAGCAGAAGCAGAA